CAUCUGUAUGUGUAUAGAACUUAAAAGUACACCGUGACUGACUCGGGAACUAAAACCACUACAUAUUCGCCCUCUCGACCAGCAAAAUCAUGUCCCAGUACGACAUCGUCGUCAUUGGCUCAGGAGUCGUCGGCCUCUCUACCGCCAGAGAGCUUGAUAACCGCGGCUACAGAGUCGCAAUCGUCGCGAAAGACCUCCCAGAAGAUGCCACAAGCACCGGGUUUGCCAGUCCCUGGGCAGGCUGCAACUGGUUCUCUUUUGCCCAGGGCGGCACACCCGCAGCCGAAUGGGAUACCGUCACCUACAAGCAGUUUGGCAAGCUCGCCGAAGAGCACCCCGAGCUUUGCGAAAAGAUUCCCUUCUGCUCCGUUUGGGACACACCUAAGGGCAAGGAGGGGACUCCCUGGUUCCACAAAUUGGUCUUCGACUAUAAAGACUUGAAGGCUACCUCUACAGCUCCUCUUCCUGGAAAUAAGGCUUACGGCCAUUCCUUCACCUCUUACGUCCUUAACGCUCCUGCCUACCUUGCCCACCUUGGCGCCGAUGUUCGUUCUCGCCACAUUCCCAUCAUCCGUGCCCGUCUGUCUUCGCUCGACGAAGCCUACAGCCUCCCAUCCAUCGGUCCAGUCCAGCUCGUCGUAAACGCUACCGGUAUGGGAGCAAAGAGCUUGAUAGGUGUGGAAGAUGACAAGGUGCACCCGGCUAGAGGGCAGACGGUCCUGGUCAAGGCGCCAGGUUUCAAAGAGUGUGUGAUGCAGACGGAGGGGUUCUAUGUCGCUCCUGGUAAAAGUGAGUUCUUGACUCGUCUUAUGAUGACUCCCCAGUUAAUACAACCAGAACCCAUCCCUCCUGCCUACAUCAUUCCCCGUCCGGGCCCAGAGGGUCACGUCGUCCUCGGAGGCGUCUAUCAGCCGAACGUCUGGGACACCCUUCCUUCCCUCACCGAGGCCGAGCGCAUCCUCAAAGACUGCUACGACCUUGCCCCCGCCCUCGCCGGACCCAACGGCAAGUCCUGGAAGGAUAUAGAGAUUGUUUCCCACAAUGUCGGGCUCCGACCAGCGAGAGAGGGAAGCCCACGGUUGGAGUUGGAAGAGCUCGAGAUCGGGGAAGGCGCAAGCAGAAAGGGGGCUUAUGCAAUUGCCCCUGCAGUGGGCAAACUGGGACACAAGAGGAAGGUUGCGGUCGUGCAUGCCUACGGGAUCGGAUCUUCUGGGUUCCAAGCUAGUUUGGGAAUGGCUGCAAACGUCUCUGACCUUGCUAUCGAGUAUCUUACAAGGAACCCUCGUGCCAACACAUUGUGACUCGCCUGCUCUGUCUUUAUUUGCUAAUUUGCUUUCUAUGUACUGUCUUGAGAUUUUGAGCUAUUACCGGAUUAGCUCACGCAUGUCUGGUCGAGCGCUCGGACCACCGCAGAAGCGAGUCGCGUCGUGAUUGACAUUUUCCUUUUCUCUUUGACCUCUCUACCUCAAAGUUCCGAUAUCCUCCUUCACACUGCAUCAACCUUCUCUCUCUGUCAAACUCCCGAUCAUACUCUACAGGCCAAAAAUCACCUCCCAGCAUUGCGUUGACAAAGGCAUCCAGCAGCAACAGCAACAUAUGCUCUGAAGAAAACGGACCUUGAGUUCGUC